GCUUACACCUGCCUCGUCUCACUCGAGUGUAUACGUUAUUGUUCCAAACUUCUGGAGUAGACAUCAAUUCCAACACUUCUCCAAACUCGCGUUUCUCCACUCGCAUCGAUUGAACAACAUUCACACAAUGGCUACUCCUCAGAAACAACCUCCAACGCCCAGCGACGUAACGUCUCCCGGCUUCAACACCAGCACAGACAGCUCCGCUGAACUCGCAGCCGUCGUGGAUGAUCUGUUGAACCAGUUAAACACCAAGUUCACUACUAUCAGCAGUGAGCUGCUGUCCAAGAUGGACGACAUGUCCCGCCGGCUGGACAACUUGGAGGCGCAGAUUCAGGCAGGAGAUGGGAAGGGAGCGGGAGCUGGCAAGUAG